AUGCCUUCUAUCUGCUGUGCCGUGGGCUGUGAUAACAGUAAGUCAAAGAAAACGGGGCAUACGUUUUAUAACAUUCCCAAAAACACAGAAAGGAGACAUAAGUGGUUAGCUGCCAUUAAAAGGGAUCACUGGACUCCGACAGAACACUCCAGGCUGUGCAAUGAACACUUCAUUUCGGGUCAGAAGAGUGAGAAUCCAUUGCACCCCGACUAUGUGCCAAGUUUGUUUGAUUAUCUCACACCUGAGCAACGCAAAAGAAAAAGAAAUAGCUACAGCAAAUUUGAGCAAAUCCAAGCUGUCAAAAGAAAGAGAAGGACGCAUGAUGUUGGACCUGUGGCACCCUGUGAUGAUGACACCUCAGCUCAGGAGGGUAGAGGUCAGACAGCUGAUCACAACUACUGUAACUCCACAGUCGAUGCUGAGAGCAGUGUACCAUGCUGCAAUGAAGCCUGCCAAGAAACUGUGAGGAAACUGACAGAAGUGUGUACUGCACUGAGGUCAGAGGUUUAUCAGCUCAGGGAAAAGGUUAGCAAGUUAUCCUUCAGCCAGGAAACCUUCAAGGACAAUGAUGACAUGGUGCAGGACUUAACUGGACUUCCAUCCUUUGCCAAGCUGAUGGUUGUCUUCACUUUUGUGUCAGAGUUCCUCAAGGUGGGACCUGGAGUGUCUCCCCUUCAAAGCUUUUUAAUGACUAAUGAGAAUGAGACAGAAUUUACCACUGCACUUUGUUUCAUUUAUAUUUCAUGUGUCAAAGCCUACUGCGGGCCGAUUUUUUAA